GUCGGUGUUGAUUGGCUGUGUGGGCGCCUAUCCUCUCCCGCCACUAGCCCGCGUUAGUCGAACGACAGUCAGACUUUGAGGUGAAGAUCUGCGAGUUGCAAUGUCGCAGUUUUGCGACAGCGAUGUAGCGUUGCGUCUUUUCAGAUUCUCUGACGUUUGUCGUCAUAAACAAACGUUUUGUGACGUGACGAUUGAGACAAACUUGGGUCCUCUUCCUGCUCACCGUCUCGUCCUAUCCGCAGCCUCGCCGGUCUUGUACCGCAUCUCAACUUCUACUGAUCACAAACUUCCGACUAAGUUGGAUCUCAGCUCGAUGGAUGGGGCGGCGGUCAGGACAGUGGUUGACUUUGCCUACACCGGAAAACUGGAGCUUGAGGGUGGCAACUGUGCGUCUGUUGCCCGCGUUGCUACGGCGUUAGAAAUGGAUAAAAUCGUCAACGUUUGCGUUUCCUUUUUGCAGCGAAAUGUGAGCAUCGAGUCUUGUCUUACGACGUGGCAGCUCGCGCAAGAGCUCGAGCUCGUUGAGCUAUUACUAUUUUGCGAUAAGUUUUUUGCUCGGGUGACCGAAGGUGAGAAGGAGGAGCUUAUGCAGAUGGCCGCUUUUCGGCGGCUUCCGCGUGUGAUGACGGAACUGGAAACGGGCGGGGGAAACGAGUUCGAUGCUAAGCAGUUUGCUAACGCAGCUGUGGGUGUAUUGAAGGUCAACUACAAUGGCUGUUUGACACCAUACGUAGAAGAGGUGAUGAGACUGGUAGGUGCCGAUGAGCGUUACGUGGCAACCCAAGGUGACAACCACGCAACUCUGGGUGACAACCACACACCUGCAACGUCACCCAAUCGGGAAUGGUUACGAGGAGAUGACAGCAGAGGGACGGUCGGUCCAAGUUCUGCAGCAAGAAGGUUGAUGUUGGAAGAUGAUGUGAGUUGUGUGAAGGAAUCAGAGGAGAUGACGUUAGUUGAUUCUUCCCAUUGCACGUCGGAGAACAACUGGAAAGUAUUGACUAUGCUUCCUUCUACAAAUGAUGUCUGUAUUGGCCUUGUUGUGCUUGAUGGUCAGUUGGCUGUUUUGUGUAUGGCGGUGAUUCCUGUAGGUCACGAUCAGCCUCUAUCUGCAAGUCCUCCGCAUCUUCCUUUAUCACGACAAUCCAGUGAGAGCUCCAACAGUGUCCAAUUUCUUGCUUCCCUUCACACGGCAAGAUGCAGCAUGGGUAUUUGCAUUCAUGAUGGUGACAUCUUUGCAGUAGGUGGCUAUAACAGGCUGGAUUGUCUCAAUACUAUGGAGAUCUAUGAUCAUGAAUCUAAUAGCUGGUCAGUAGCCAGUCAAAUGGGUUCACGACGUGGCCGCUGUGCUGCAGCUUCUGUCAAUGGUAAAAUCUACUGCUUCGGUGGCAGUGACGGUCAGCGUGUUCUGAAAUCAGCAGAAAUUUACAAUAUCAACAAAAAUGCAUGGCAGAGCAUCAUGCCAAUGUCAUCGCCUCGAAGCCGUCUCAGCUGUACUGUAUUGGAUGGAUGCAUCUAUGCUAUUGGUGGUGGGUCUUGCAUGAACUACCCACUUCGAACUGUUGAGAAGUACAAUCCACUCACCGGCAUUUGGACAAUGGCUCCCUCUCUUUGUGAACCACGUACCGAUGCUGGAGUGGCUGUUGUGAAGCAAAACAUCUAUGUCGUGGGUGGUAGCAAUCGCUGGAGUAGUUUAUCAUCAGUUGAGUGUUUUAAUGCAACGCUUGGAAAAUGGUCUCUGGUAACUCCAAUGCAAACUCCACGAAGAGGUGCAGGAGUUGUUAGUUUGAAUGGCAAGGUGUAUGUCAUUGGUGGCCAUGACUCGACUCAAUCACUGGAUUCAAUGGAGAUUUAUGAUCCUGUCACUCAAACAUGGUUAUAUGGCAGUCCAAUGAGCACUGCACGUGCCAACAUGGCAGCAAUCGUUUUGGAUGGUUUGAUUUUUGCAGUUGGAGGAUUUGAUGGUGCCACAUUUCUCAACACAAUGGAGUAUUUCGAUCCCGGUGACAACAAAUGGCACUUAUUUUUCAGUCUAUAACUCUAUUUCUACAUAAAGCUGCUCAGCCUCUUAUUGUGUGUAAUCGUCUCCUUCUAGGCAAUCAUGCCUACAUAUCAUUA